GGCGCCGCGCGCCGCGAGCGACGCGCCGGCGCUGCCGUGCGCCGCGCGCGACGCGCGGUCGUCGCGAAGGCGGACGAUGUCGCGAAAGUGGGACCGAUUCGCGUCGCGCGGCGACCCGACGCCGCUGUGGGUGGCGGACAUGGAUUUCAGCGCCCCGCGCGCGGUCGUCGACGCGGUGACGGCGAUCGCGCGCGCGGGGCACUACGGGUACGCCGAUCCGGACGAUGCGGUGACGGAGGCGGCGACGGCGCGGUUUCGGGAGCGGCACGGCGUCGCGGACGCGAACGCGAACGCCCUGCGAUGGCUUCCGGGACUGAAUCCGGGACUCAAUCACGCCGUGCGCGCGGCGCGUCGCGCGCGGGGGGGACGAGCGGUCGUCACGGCGGUGUGCACGCCGAUUUAUCCACCGUUUUUGCACGCGUCGAGGAACGACGAAAGCGCGAGAGUCGAGGUGGCGCUGAGGCGAGCGAUCGAAGACGGACGCGCGCGGUACUCGAUCGAUUGGGAAGCGCUCGAAACCGCGCUGGCGAGAGAAGACGUCGGGUUGCUGCUGUGGUGCAAUCCGCACAACCCGGUGGGACGGGUGUGGACGAGGGACGAGAUGGUUCGCGUCGCGAGGCUGUGCGUAAAGCACGACGUCGUUUUGUGCUCGGAUGAAGUGUGGCGGGAGUUGAUUUUGGACGAAAAGGCGACGCCAUUUUGCGGCGCGGGCUCGAUUUUGGACGAAGUCGACGGUUUGCGCGAGCGAUUGAUCAUCAUGACGUCGCCUUCGAAGACGUACAACGUCGCGGGGUGCGACGUCGCGAUGGCGUACAUCGCCGAUAAAGCUCUGCGGCUGCACUUCGCGCGCGCUGGCUCGGAUAAAGCCGAAAUCACGCCUUUUGGCUACGCCGCGACGCUGGCGGCUUACACAGAUCCCUCGUGCGAAGAGUGGCGGCAGCGCCUUUUGACGUACUUGCGAGCGAAUCGCGACCACAUCGACGCCGCGCUCUCAGACGACGCCAACGCGCGUGAGCUCAUGACUUGGACAGUACCUGACGCGUCGUAUUUGAUGUGGCUCAACUGUGAAAAACUCGUCGAUCGCGUCGAGCGAUCGCCGUUCGAGCAUUUCAUCGAACACGGCGUGGCGUUGAGCGACGGCGCUCCGUUCUCGGCGCCGCUCAGCGCGCGCAUCAACUUCGCCACGAGGCGCGAUAUCUUAGAUCAAGGUCUCGACAGCAUCGUGACCGCACUCGAGCGGGCGUAAUAUCGAACUGAAUCGAAUUGAAUUGUAAC